AUGCCCCCGAAAGCAUCGGGUGACCCAAAGCGACGGAAUGGUGCACGCCGCAAGGUUGCCCUGGCCUGCGACUCGUGUAGAGAAAAGAAGGUUCGCUGCGACGGGAACAAGCCCAUCUGUGGGCCAUGCAAGAGGCGAUGUUAUCGGAUAGACCAGUGUCUCUACAACCCGGAUAACGCCCGGACGGCCAGCCGAGACGAAUACUUCCAGACCCUUCAUCUCCGAAUUAGAGAACUCGAAAAUGCCUGUUUGACGGCCGGGGUAUCCAUCGACAGUUCACUGGGCUUUUGGGCUCAACGGGAACCUCAUAGCGAGCUCAACAGAGGCGAUGAAAUACCAGUGGAGACGGGCAGCAUUCCCAUCGCUGUCCCCACCUCAUUUGGGGAACCCGAUGAGCGGGUCCCUACCUCUACAGGUUUCGGGGAUGGCAUACCUCCGGAGCAACCGGUGCUAGCUGCACGCAGUGAAAGCGAAAACAGCCGGUCCAGACGGGUAGUGGAACAGGCUACAGAGUGCUCACCAAAUAUAGGAUCCUAUGAGUCGCCGUUGUUCGACGAUGGGGAAGCCCACGUCACGGGCAUGGGGCAGAUCACAGCUCCGGAUGCUGAAAGUAGGAGGCAGUCCUCCCGAUUCCAAUUUUAUGGUAGUUCGUCCACUGCUUCGCUCAUGAGGUUUGCCUGGCAGUCAAUGCCUUCACGGCCAGCAAAUGCUUCUAGUGCCGAACUUGCAUCUAGCACAUUGCAGGAUACUUUCACCGAGUAUCGGUUCGACGACUUUGCCCUCCCACCGCGCACGCUGGCAGACCACCUCGUCCGAUGCUUUUUCGAUCAUGUAUAUACCCUAUAUCCGUUCUUUCACCGCCCCGCGUUUGAAGCAGCCUAUCGAAAUCUCUGGCGUGCUGAAGAUGAGGCUAAGAUACCUCUCACAGACUUGAGAAUUGGACUGGGUUCCGGCGCGGAGUCCGGCCCUAGAUCAAUAGUCUUUCAUGCUGCCUUGAAUUCCAUUUUUGCUCUAGGCUGUCAAUUUGCAGACAUCGAAGACGUCGAAUCUGUUGCGCAUUGCUUUUUUCUCAGGUCCAAACGCUUCAUCGGACUUGACUUUCUUGAUAUUAAUACCCUUGGGGUAGUUCAGACUCUAUUGAUAACAGCGCUAUUUCUGCAGAGCUCCCCCUAUCCAAGCAGAUGCUGGCAUUCGGUUGGUGUUGCUUGCCGGGUUGCUCUAGGAUUGGGACUCCAUGAGUCGGAUAUUCUCGCUAGCUUAUCGCCCUUGGAAUCCGAUAUUCGACGCAGAACGUGGCACGGCUGUGUGAUGAUGGAUGUCACUCUUAGCAUGACGCAUGGCCGACCUACCAUGACCACCCAUCUAACUCCUCUCCCCCCACCAGAAAAUUUGGAGAUGUCUCGACAAAGUCCGCCGGGAGAGCCGUCACUGCUGUCAUAUUAUAUCGAGGCUAUCAAGCUCUACAACAUCCUAGACAGGAUCCUAUCCGAUGUAUAUUACGCUUGGUGUGGUCGGACACGCCAGGAUAGACCACAGGCGUCGACGAAGAGCCUGGGAGGCUUGGACACAAUCCUUGAAGUUGAAAAAGAAUUGACGUUGUUCGAGGCUAAUUUACCUUCAUGCCUUAAGUGGGAUCCGGACACGCCGGAACUCAAUUCAGAUGGAAGACUGAACCAGCCAAUUGCCCACCAAAAAAACGUUCUCCAUGCGAGAUACUUGCAUCUUCACCUGCUCCUCCACCGUCCGAUGUUUACUCAGCUCUACUCGGAAAGAGUACGCAAGCGCGAUUCUGUAGGUGGAAAUGGCGUUAGAGAAGAAUGGACAGCCCACAGUUCGGCAACCAGGAGCGCUCUGUACUUGUAUACGGCUAAUAAAUCUGCCACUGCCUGCGUAAUGGCAGCCAUUGACCUGACGCACCUAGUCCAUGAGACAUACCACACAAACGCUACCGAUGCAUGGUGGUACAAUGGGUUCUAUGUGUCAACAGCCGCCAUAGUUCUCCUCAUGUCCUUCUCCUCCCCAUCAAUGCUAGACCCGUCUACUAUGGAUAAAGCCAGGGUUGCCUGGAGAGAAGCUACGGGUGUUCUGGAGUCGAUGGCCACAGUUAGACGCUCAGCGAACAACACGCUUCAGUUCCUCAAAGCUUUGUAUCGGCAAGCAGUUCCCGCAGAUGUGCUACAAACAGCCAGUCAGACUACUGGUACUGCUUCUCUACAUUCAGAUAACAUGGCUCAACCUCACACCCCGUUUGAUCACCCGGAUCACGACUUAACUCAAGCUCCAUUCUUUAAUUGGGAGGAAUAUGUGGGAAGUAUGGGACAAAGUCUGGAUGAUUUGGGAUUCUUGACGAGGCUUGACUUUCCUGAAACUUUGCCUUGA